CACGAAACAGUAAACUAGUUAUAGUGAUAUAACUCUCACUCGACGUGUUUUGUAUUGAAAUAACUACCGUUGUUCACAUUCACAAAACCAACUAUUGAGUGUUUAUUUAGCGGAAAGGCGAUAUUUGAGGCCUAUAUUUGGGGUGGUUUCACACACAGGCCAAUGUGUCAUGCAUGAGUAUCAGCUGUUAUAUGUUGUGUUAAAUGUACAUUUCCACUCCUCAACAUGUUUACUGUGCACACAGCAUUGGCAAUAAAGCUUCAGCAGAGUUUCUUUAAUGAGUUGGCGAUGGCACAGUGAUCAUGUCGGAGUGAUUGAGCCUAUAUGAGUUGUGUGUGCGGUUGCUAAUCAGAGGUGUUUGACUCUGCAGGAAUCAGCGCUCAGAUCCUCAUCAAGCGCUCGCAUUCCUCACCUGUAGAAACCACAUCCAUGACGUGCUGCUAUGGAGAGGGAUGCUCUCAUCCGUCUGCUGACCUGGAAACCCGCCGACGCCAUUGCCAAGCUCUGAAGUUCCAACGUAAAGGCAUUUUAACUAGAACGCUUAUUACGGACACAAACAGCCACCAACUCCUCAAACCAAAACACUUCCUCAUCUAUUCUCCAGCUGAUUCACCUCUCCGUCAGCAGAAUCACACUUCUAUUGAACAGAAUGUGUCUGUGAUCUCAGUUGGGGCGCCGGAAUGGAGCGACACCCAAAACCACGACUGAUCAGUAGUUUGGUGCAUCCAUUAUCAAUGAGCCGGUGGAAGCAACUGAAGCAUAUUCGCAUGAUAAUUGGAAGUCGGUGGAGUCUGAUGUCACUUCCUGUGUGUUCGGGGUCUAUAUAAACGCAGGAAGCGAGCGUCUGUCAGUCAAACACCUGCAGGAGACACGCAGCACAGGUGAAGCUCUGUGGGUUCAUGCUUUUGCUCUUCAGCUCCAGGCGUUGAUGUGUUUGUGGACCAUGUUGAAGAUGCAGAGAUCUCAGCAGCGCGUCGCUCUCAUGAUGCUGAUGGUGGUCGCCGCCGUGCACUGCCAGGAGAGCGAGAGUAGGCGUGCGGUCACAGAGCACCAGCUGAUGCAUGACCGCGGUCGCUCCAUUCAGAGUCUGAAGCGUCUGAUCUGGCUGUCCAGCGCCAUUGAGGGGCUUCACACUGCGCAGGCGCGAACACUGGAGCCCGACAGCAGGUGGCGCUCUCGCGGGGCGCAGCUCUACUCUCAGCCCGGCAGAGAGGAGAGCAGCGGCGGCCAGAAGAGGGCGCUGGAGACGCUGCUCAGCGACCUGUACCGGGCACACCUGACGUUCGGCCUCGGAGAACCGGAGAAAUAACGCUCGAUAACCCACAGAAAAUCGAGCAUAGACACUGACAGAACAAUUCUAGAUGGCUGCCAUUAUAAACAAGGAGUCUGUUUUAUACUCAUUUAACGCAUUCAUUGGCUUUAUUGUAAGCGAUCCAGUGCACAUGCGCGAACGGAAGAAGCGCAAACUGAUAUUCACCCGCACCCGCGCUGUGUAAAUCUGCAUUUUAAGCCUUCUAACAUGAACUACAGCAUCGGUUUUGUGUGAUACACGAUGACUAUACUAUAUAAUAAGUAGCUAAAUAUUUCCCUCGGGAAAAAAUACUACUGUAAGUCAUACUGUGGUGUUUUUGAACCAUAUUAUAGUAAAGCACUGGAAUUAAUCUGCUGUGGUGAUUAUACAAUGGCUAUAGUAACACAACAACUAGAGAAAUAUAAACAAAUGAAACAAUACCUUAGAUUCCUACAACUAUAAGGUAUAUUAUAGUACAAUACACCACAGUUAACUGCAUUAAAAACUAAACUAUACAGUAAAUAUCAGUAAAUACAGCCUGAUCUCGUGAGGAAAUGUAAGUAUUUUAUGUAUUGUCAGUUUAGUGGCUAAUUCGUACAGUUAUAUGAAAAUGUGCGAUUUUAAAAAGGAGGCGUGGCACCUAACUGCACCCCUAACCCCAACCGUCAUUGGGUGAUGAGAAAAUCGUACUAAAUUGUACGAUAUAGAUUGUAUAAAUUCAUACGAAUUAGCCACAAAAUCAAAAACUUACGAAUUGCCAUGAGAUUGUGUUGGUUAAUACAGCACGCUGCAGCAUUUAACAAAUAGUUGUGAAUAUUAUAAAAUAUACAGUGUAAUACAGAAUGGUUCAAAAACACUAGUGUUUACUAUGAAUUAUUGACAUAUUUUAGGUGGGCUUUGUUCAAAUAAGCUACCAUGGUAAUUGUGUAUUAUUUGCCAGAUAGCAGAAUUCAAUCAACAAUUAGAUAGUUGAAAAUUCAACGUUGAGUUUUCAUCUGGGGUCCGUUCUUCGUGCGUGGAUUACUCAGUUAGCUGGAUUUGGUUAUUGACGAUUUGACACGAUCCAGGAUUGUUUCGAUCUUCAAAACCGAGAGUUGUUGUCAUUGUACCAGUUCUGGUAGCUCAAACCUGCUCAGGAGCAGGCUCAUUUCAUAUAAACAGGAUUAAAAUCGGGUCAAUUCAAGCUAAGGUAAUAUUGAAAGUAUGUACCAAAGUCAGAUAUUUUCCUACAGUAAUAACUAUAGGCCCACAUGAAAUUUGUGUGCGCAGAAUUCUGCAGAUUUUCCUCAGAUUUUAGCUCAUCAUUAAUUCUGUUUAUUUACUUGAGUAAAUGUGUGUAGAUCAAUAUUUUUUUCAGUUUUUAAAUGAAUUACAGUAAUAUUAUUGACUAAAAUGGAAAUGUUCAUCUGAUUUAUGUGCAGUGCAGUGUGUGCAGUCAUGUUCUCUGUCUUUUAGUCAAGAUAUUAUAUGAGAGUCUUGCUUUGUUUACCAAAUAAAGUGAAUCUAAUUAGAUUUGCUUUUUAAACAUUAAAUAGAAG